UCAUAGAUCACCGGGGUCUGCCCGGUAUAUAACGUGUUCAGAGAUCACCGGGGUCUGCCCGGUAUAUAACACAAAACACAGAACAAAAUGAACCAUGAACUGGAAUUGCAGUACGAGUGUUUGUGAUUGUCAAUGUGAUCUGACCAUCAAAGGCGACAACAGCAGUGUCAACGCUCUCCAACUUAGCAAAGGGAAGAAGCCCACCAAGCAGAAAUGUGGCAUUGGAAGAUCUCUGUUCUUGGCAGUAUUACUGCUGAUAUCCAUCCUACUGGUCCAUCGAGAAUUUCACACAGUUUCGCAGUACAGCAAUAACAAUUACAGUGAUCCUAAUACAGCCAAGACAACAACCACCGCAAAUGAAGACACAAGUACUAUUGCUAUUUCAACCACACCACCACAAAGAAAAGUCAAAACAGCAACCGAAGCAUCUACCAUUAACAGUAUUCCCGUGACACCACCACCUCCUCUACCCCUUCCCGCCCAAGAUCCACUGCAAACUACUGUUUCUUCUACUACAUCCACCGUCGGCACCACCAGCACUACUACUACUACUACUACUACUCCGGCCCCAUCGGCACAACCGACCGUCCUGACCACACCACCACCUACCAAACCUCCCGAUAUACAAGAAGCCUUGCAGAAUGCACCCAACAGUUUGGCCAAUAUGAAACCAUAUCCCUUUCGGUCCCAAGCAAUCCCUUGUACCGAAGCACAACGCAGCAAAACCAUUGCCGAAUUCAUUCAGAAUGACGAAUUCAAAGCACAGGGAGAUGUCGAUAUUCAGCUUCAUUUCUACUUGCAUACUAUUUGUGCCGGAAUCUACAUUGAACUGGGUGCCAUGGAAGGAAUCACAUUCUCCAACACGUACUUUCUCAAUCAACACUUUGAUUGGAAAGGAGUACUCAUCGAGGCAUCUCCCACCAUGGCAGCACACAUUCCUAAACAUCGCACCAACGAAAUUGCCAUCAUUACGGCGGGAGUCUGUCACGAACCACAGACACUCCAUUUCAUCAACAAUAAUGGAUCGACAUCGGGGUUCUGGGAAUUUGCCAGUCAUGCCUUUCGACAAACAUGGUGGGGGAGUACCAAUCUGGAGGAUUUCAAACAACACCAGGUCAUUCCCGUACAAUGUACACCCAUGGCAGAGUUGCUGAAACAACACGCACAUCACAUUCGACAUUACGACUUGCUCAGUCUCGAUGUCGAAGGCGCCGAAUUAGAGGUGCUCCAAUCGAUCGAUUUCAUCACGGUGGGAUUUGGCGUCAUUGUCGUAGAAGCCGACAGUCGCAACAUUCCCAAAGAUCAAGCCGUGCGGGAAUUGUUGCACGCACAGGGAUACCGGAUGGUACCCAAACAAUACGAUCGCCCUCAGCCAGAACGAGAAAGAAUAGUACCAAUCAAUGGUCACCAGUCGUAUUGGCCACUGCCGCACGCCAACAAUGAUUUUUUCUUUCACCAGCAGUUUGAUACCAUUUACAAACGAUUUGGGGUAUCACUGGCCGACUUUGGUGUGUCUUUAGAAGAAGCAGAAGAAGUGCAACCAGACCAAGUAGUAGUGAGGGAUUGAAGAGGAAGUGCGCAAGGUUGGCUGCAAAACAAAGUUUUGCUGCUUUUUGCGCUGACUGUCACUCACUCCCUAUCGUAUCUGUACAGACAUGUACAUACAUGUACGGUACAGCGUCUUGUUGGCCGACAGAGCCGCUUUCAAACGGGGCUGCCAAGGAGGGCCCACAAGACAUUGGGGAAAAGCGAGCUACGAAACGCCUAUGCAGUACCCACACACCACCGUAGCUUGAUUCCAAUGUAUCAAUGGCCAGUAGGACUUCGAUUGCCAUAACCAGUUGUUGGAAACUUGGCAACACCAGUUGUUGGAAACUUGCCAACCGCAGCCGAGGCACGGCAAACAUGCUUGAAUGAAGUUUCAUUUGUUCAAGUCUACAAUUUGUAACAAAGAAAGUUGGAACAAGUCAAGUACUAUUUUGACUUUUAAACUGCACCAAAACGCAGUUCGACUACAUGCACGGAAACAGUCAAAUUAUUUGACUAUUUUUGUAGAUCUAGUAGUUCAAAUAGAAUACAUUAGGUAAACAUCAGGAUUAUAACACAGAGUAUCUCACCCCGCUUGCAAACCCAACUGAAGUUUUGGUCCUAAUGACUAAAACACGUUUUAUUCCGAUUUACUAAAUCAUGUUUUAUUCCGAUUUACUAAAACUUGUUUUAACCUUAAUGACUAUUACGCGUUUUAUUCCC